AAAAAGAAGAAGAAGAAAGUGAGGAGAUAAUAAUCCACUUUCAUGCUUUACCAAAUCAAGACCAUUCCCAAAAUGCCAUAAUCCCACUACUCUCGCACUCUCACUCACUGCAUUUCAACCAUUCGUUUCCAUUUCCCCCGGUUAGGGUUAGGGUUUCUCCUGGCUCUUCCAUCACUGUGCUUCCGCCUGCUCCCUGACUUCGUCAAGGUAUCAUAAAAAAACUGCAACUGUUUCGGCAUAGAUGGAAAGCUUCGGUGGCGCUGGGUUUUCGCCUGGAGGUUGCAUUGUCAGGAAGAAGAGGAGUAUCAUAUCACAUAAACCUCGGUUAAAUCCACCGACAUUUUCACUCAGCUAUAAUAUCCCUAUUGGCAAAGGAACCAUUGAUGGGAAUCAGAAUAAUAAGAAGAAAAUAGUGCGUUCUGAUGGAUUGGGAAGUAAGAACAACCCGAAGAAGUUAAAGCUUAAGUUUGGAGGUGUUACUCGUACACUCAACACCAAGUAUAUAGCAGAUGUUGGCAAUGAUGGUGGCUCGUCCACCGCUAAAUCUUUAAGCUCUUUAGAUGCCUUCACACCCCAACUGAAUCCCCUUCCCCUUGCUCUGGAUGAUGCAGGUGGAGGUGGGGUCAAUGAGCCAGUUCGGAAGAGCAAGCGGGCUCCUAAGAGAAGCGCCUUGGAUGCUGGAUUUAAUGAAGAUGACGAUGAAGAUGAAGAAAUCCGAUUCCUUGGAAGACUAAGUGCAUCUAAGGUUGCUCGUUCAGAGAGAAUUCAAAUGGACGUUCGCUUUCAUGGAUAUGAUAGUGGAGACUAUAAAUCAUCAAGGCUAGGAACAGCUAGUAAAAAUAGGUCAAGGUCAGAAAAAAUGCACGAGGAUAAAGAGUAUUUGGGAGAAGACGAUGAAGAAGAAUUAACAUCUGAUGAUGAACCUGAACCAAAUGGGAAGAAGCUGAAAACAGGAUCUCUUAGUCUACUUCUAGAAGGGCGGAAAGAAUCAACCCUCACUACACGUAACCGGACCCUCCAGCCUGGAAAAGAUAUUUUACCUGGUUCAGGUUUUCUUGACAUUGCAAGUGAUUUGCUUUCUGUCCCAUGUAAAAGCAAGAAGGAUAAAAUGUCUGAAGUGGAACGGCAAUUAAAGAAAGCUGAGGCUGCACAGAGACGGAAAGUGAAGUUAGAGAAUGCAGCUAGGGAAGCUGAGGCUGGGGCAAUCAGAAGAAUACUGGGUCAAGAUUCCAAGAAGAAGAAGGAAGAAAAACUGAAGCAGCAAAGGGACGAAUUGAAUAAGGGGAGGACCGGCUGUCCUGUCACACUGGCACCAAACACUGUCCGAUGGGUUGUCGGUCCUAAUGGAACCACCGUUACAUUUUCUGAUGAUAUUGGUCUGCCUAGUAUUUUCAGUCCAGUGCCUUGCAGAUGGUUUGUGUUAUUUAGCUAUCCUCCCCCACGCGAAAAAUGUGCGGGUCCAAAUUGCACGAAUGCAUACAAGUAUCGGGAUUCCAAGUCGAAGCUUCCCCUGUGCAGUCUCCAGUGUUACAGGGCAAUACACGAAAAGAUGCAGCCUCUAAUUACUUGCUGAUACCAUCUCCUCCUGCGCAUCAUCUUGAACCAACUAAUAUGUUCGAUAUAGGUUGCUAGAAGCUGGACAACGGAUAACUCAUCAUUUUGAAGUCAGGCACCCUGAAGCCGGUCAUGGAAUGGCGUAGUAGCAUCGUCACUUGCCAAUUUAUUUUCCGAUCACUAAUGCUGUUAGAGUAGGAAAUUAUGAAAGAACAGAUGCUUCGGUGCUUCGAUGAGAGAUCACAUUGUUCGAUCCCGUGUUUUCCCGUCUCAAUCGAAAAGUUUCUGUUUAUGGAGAAGUUGUCGACUUGGGAUGAAAUAUUUCACUGCUUAAUGAGCACGUUGAAUUCAACA